UCAAGGCUAAGGGUGUCGAGAGGGGUCAAUAGACUCCGGCCGGGUGCUUUGCGGGGCGGGGUUGGCAGGAGGGGCCGCUGGCGGCGAAGGGCGAGAUGGAGGAACCGGAGCUGCACGGGGUCAAGCCCUACCUGGAGAAGCUCACCCUCGGGGUGACCCGCCUCUUGGAAACUUCUCCAGGAGUUACAGAAGUGAUGUUUGUAGAAAAAGAACCCGCGGAGCGCCACGCAAUCAUCUCCUGGGAACAGAAAAAUGCCUGUGUCCUCCCGGAGGAUUUAAAGAAUUUCUACCUCAUGACAGACGGAUUCUGUAUGACCUGGAGCAUAAAGUUUGACGAUAACCCUGUUUCUCUGGGCUGUAUGACAAUUAACAGCAUCUCCAAGUUGAACCGCCUUGGUGUUUCACCAGCGUAUGCCUUGCCCAGUGCUCCAACUCUUGCUGACCUGGAAGACACCGACGACGAGGAAGGUAACAAGGAACAACCGAAGAGGCCUCACCUGGAUUCCCGAUGUCUGAUAUUUGAAUUAGACCCCUGCGCAGGGAACGGGAAGGUCUGCCUGGUCUACAAGAACACCAGGCCAGUUGUCAGCCCUGAAUCAGAAAUCUGGUUCCUGGACCGAGCCCUCUACUGGCACUUCCUGACCAAAUCCUUCACCGCUUACUACCGACUUCUGAUCACCCACCUGGGGCUCCCCCAGUGGCAGUACAGCUUCACCAGCUACGGCAUCAGCCCCCAGGCUAAGCAAUGGUUCAAUAUGUACAAACCCAUCACGGUCAACAUGGAGCAGCUCUCAGAGGCGGCUGAUUCGUUUGUCAACAAGCUGGAUCCCAAUAAGGUUUUUCGCAGCAAAACCAAAAUGCCCAUAGUCAAGAAGAGGUCACCGUCCCAACUGCCCACCUCCCAGAAGGGUCAGACAGCAGGAGGGUCCCCCCGGAACCCUUCGCAGGUCGGGAGCUUGUCAAGACGACGUGAACCCCAGCCUUGAUCAAACUCUGGGGCCCCCGGGAGUCACCCAGCCUUCCAGCUCCGUAUCGCUCCUUCUGCUUUGCAGGACUUAAUAUUUAUCGCAGAAUAUUUACUGCAGAAGCCUCGGAGUCCUGGCUGAAUUUCCUUUGGGCCACACCUGCACACGGGGUUGACUCUUCAAACAGACCCAGGGCAAAAGCAGGGCCAUUGUUAAUGCCCUGCCUCCCCUGCCCAGCUUUGCACAGAAUUGUCCCAACCUCCAUAGCCAGGCUGAUGCUCACCUCUUGCAGAUCU